UUUGUGAAGUCAGUCAAUGAUAAACAGAUAUUUGGAAAGAAUGCGCCUUCUCUUCUCCAUACACAAGCUCUCACUUAUUGAGUUGUUUACAAAUUGAAGAACCUUAAUUAUUCACCAUGGAUAAAUCUUCAAAGCUCUGAUCCAAAAUUUCAACUAUUCUCCAACAUAAACUACUAAUUUACUAAACCUAAAGCUUUGUUGCAACUACACUCUCAGAAGUCUGUUGACUUGCCAAAGAAUCGAAGUCAACUCACUACAGGACUUGCUUGCUUAUUGGUGUUUAGAUGGCUUCUUCUUCAUCAUCUUUUGGUGUUUCUCAUUCAAGCUCAAAGCAGCAUAAUGUCUUUCUCAGCUUUAGAGGAGAAGAUACUCGAUACAAUUUUACAAGCCAUCUAUAUGCUGCCUUGUGUGGAAAAAAGAUCCGUACAUUCGUGGAUGAUGAGGAAAUUGAGAGAGGAGAUAACAUCUCACCAACGCUUUUAUCAGCUAUUGAAAGCUCGAAGAUUUGCGUAAUAAUUUUCUCGCAGGAUUAUGCGUCUUCUUCAUGGUGUUUGGAUGAACUUGUGAAAAUCAUUGAAUGCAGUGAGAAGAAAAAACUUGUUGUCAUACCUGUUUUCUAUCACAUCGAUGCAUCUCAUGUAAGACACCAGAGGGGAACCUAUGGAGAUGCAUUUGCCAAACACGAGGAUCGUUUCAGGGACAAUCUAACCAAGGUACACAUGUGGAGAACUGCCCUGCACAAAGCUGCAAACUUAGCAGGAUGGGUUUCCGAGAAAAAUAGGUCCGAGGCUGUCCUAAUUAAAGAAAUUGUUGAAGUUAUAUUAGACAAGUUGAAAUGUAUGAGCCCACAUGUUCAAAACAAGGGGCUUGUUGGAAUUUCUGUACACGUUGCGCAUGUGGAAUCAAUGUUAUGCUCUGGGUCAGCUGAUGUGCAUAUUAUUGGUAUUUGGGGUAUGGGUGGCAUAGGCAAGACAACCAUUGCAGAUGCUGUGUUUACAAAAGUCUCAUAUCAAUACGAGAGAUACUACUUUGCUGCCAAUGUCAGGGAAACAUGGGGAAAUCGGAUAAAGUUGCAGAAUGAAGUUUUGGCGGACGUGUUAGAAGACCAAAGCAUCAAGAUUAGUACCCCUACAAUGAGUUCCGCCUUUGCUGUAGAAAGACUUAAAUGUAAAAAGGUCCUCGUCGUUCUUGAUGACGUGAGUUUAUCCGAACAAAUAGAAUAUCUUGUUGGAGGGAGAGAUUGGUUUGGACCUGGUAGUCGAAUCAUAGUGACCACUCGAAACAGAGAAGUGUUUAACAGUGGAGUCGAUGAAGUAUACCAAGUGACGGUAUUGAAUUCUCAUGAAGCCCUAAAGCUUUUUAGCUUGAACGCCUUUCAACAAGACAGUCCAUUGAUCGAAUACCAAAACUUGUCAGAAAGGGCAGUGGGUUAUGCUAAGGGCAUUCCUCUAGCUCUUAAAGUUAUGCUAAGUGCAUUGGAAAAGCUGAAGAAAUAUCCAAAAGCUGAAAUUUAUGAUGUGUUGAGAUUGAGUUAUGAAGGAUUGGACCCUGAGGAGCAGAAUAUAUUUUUAGAUAUUGCCUGCUGUUUGAAAGGACAAACAAAAAGCCAAAUAACAAGUAUAUUAGAUGCAUGUGAUUUUUCUACUGAAAUUGGGAUGAGAAGCCUUGAAGACAAGUCUCUUGUAACUGUUUCUAAAAACAACACAGUACAGAUGCAUGAUUUGAUACAAGAAAUGGGACGUUUUGUAGAAUCUGAGAAAAAGCCUGGAGAAAGAAAACGGUUGUGGGAUCCUAAAGAAAUUUAUGAUGUCUUCAAGCAUAACAGGGGUUUUGAAAGUAUUGAGUGUGUUGUGUUGGACAUGUCUCAAAUCAAAGAGUUGACAUUAAGCCCUCAAACAUUUCAGAGAACGCACAGGCUCAGAGUUUUGAUAUUUUAUAUACCCUCCAGUGAUACGAGAAGAAUCAAUGUGCAUAUUUCCAGAGGUCUCAAUUGCAUGCCUCUCGAAAUAAGUUAUUUCAGAUGGGACUGUUUUCCAUUGAAAUCCUUGCCACCACAGUUUUGUGCGGAGAAGCUUGUCGAACUUGAUAUAAAACAUAGCCGAAUUGGAAAGCUUUGGGAUGGAGUACAGGAUCUUGUGAAUUUGAAGUCAUUAUGCCUAAGUGGUUGCAAGAACUUGGUUGAGCUCUCAGAUUUGUCUUUGGCCUCGAAACUUGAGAAAGUACAUCUUGAUGAUUGUGCGAGCUUGUUGAAUGUUCCUUCAUACAUUUUGUCACUUGAUAGUCUGCUUGCACUAAAUCUGAGAGGCUGUAAACAGCUCUGUUACAUUGAAAGUGAGAAGCCAUCUAGAUCUCUUCGAUGGCUUAAUUUGAGAGGGUGCUCAAGACUUGUAAGGUAUUCAGUUUUUUCCGAGGAACUGGAGUACUUGAACUUGGAUUUCACGGCAAUUGAAGAACUUCCUCACAACCUCAACCUCUUACCAAAGUUAAAAAAAACUAUCAUUAAGAGGAAGUGAUAUUGAGAUAUUGCCUGCUAGCA